GUGCCUGUGACACUGUUGCUGCUGCUGCCUGCAGACAGCCGAACUUUCGACCAUGGACGCACUCAAGGGAGAUCAGAGGGAUAGCUGCCUGAAGAGCCUCUGCGCCAAAGGAUGGACUCUCGUCGAGGGACGCGACGCCAUCUACAAAGAGAUUAAGUUCGCUGAUUUCAACGAAGCAUUCUCAUUUAUGCAAAGCGUGGCUCUUCUCGCUGAGAAAAUGGAUCAUCAUCCUGAAUGGUUCAACGUCUACAACAAAGUCCAAAUCACUCUGAGCAGCCACGAUGUACAAGGACUCUCAAAGCGCGAUCUCAGGAUGGCGAAUUUUAUCGACGAAUUAUUGAAGAAGAUCAAUCUGCUGUCUCCUUGAGCCAAGCACUGUCCGGUGGUCGAGAUUCGUCGCGAGAUCUAUGUGCUCGUUUGAAUUUCUCCACUAACCGC